UACGGGCAAUGCAAAUGGUACGUCCUACUAUGUACACACUCUCCUACACAUUGGCAGAGCCCUGCCACACCCCCCACCCUGUCUGCUUUUGCCUGUCCUCGCUGAGUCGCGCCGCCGCCCAUACCCCCGGCAUGCCGCAUUCAGUUUUGGAAACUCGUCAUUAUGCCGUGGCGCCAGGCAGAUACUCGACCAUGAAGCCCCCUCUCGCGACCAUCUCAUGGUGAAGAUCCGCAGUCGGGUGGGGACGGGGGCCAUGCUGCCCAGCCAUAGCAUAUCCAUCGUGACACCGCCAUCACUCCCCCAGAUGACCAUGAUAGUGCGGCCGCUCGGCGACAUGUCUCAAAC